UUAGAUAAGUCGGAGUCUUCUCGAGGCGAAAUUCAGUCGACGAAAUUCAAUUUUAUCGAAUAUAAUAGUGUUUGGUGCUGGCGAAGCCCGGUGAAGGGGUUCUGUGAUCGAUAUCAGAGGUGGCCCCACUUCUCUUGUCACAGAUUUAAAGGCCCGAGCCACCGUUGGAUUGACUCUGUGAGUGCUUUGCAGUGAUUCGUGCUGGUUGACUCCUGUUGCUUCGGCAGGAUCAGUUAUCGAGAUGGAAGCUAAUCAGUUCAAGGAUUUCGCGAAGGAGAUGAUAGAUUACGUUUCUGGCUAUCUUGAGAAUAUAAGAGACAGACGCGUCCUCCCCAGCGUGGAGCCCGGCUACCUCCGCCCCCUCAUCCCGGACAGCGCCCCCCAAAAAGGCGACAAGUGGGAGGACGUGAUGGCUGACAUCGAGCGCGUCAUCAUGCCCGGAGUGACACACUGGCAUUCACCCAGAUUCCACGCUUAUUUUCCGACGGCCAAUUCGUACCCGGCCAUCGUCGCCGACAUCCUCAGCGGAGCGAUCGCAUGCAUCGGCUUCACUUGGAUCGCUAGCCCUGCGUGCACAGAGCUCGAGGUCGUGAUGCUGGAUUGGCUGGGAAAGAUGAUUGGACUUCCUAAGGAGUUCCUCGCCUGCUCGGGGGGCAAGGGCGGCGGCGUGAUCCAGGGCACCGCUAGUGAGGCCACUUUGGUGGCGCUGCUGGGGGCCAAGGCGCGGACGAUUGCCGCGAUUAAGAAAGAGAAGCCGGAAUUGAACGAUGCCGAUAUCGUUGCGAAAUUGGUCGGAUAUACUUCGAGCCAGAGCCACUCGUCGGUGGAGCGCGCGGGGCUGCUUGGGGGCAUUAAAUUGAGGGGUUUGCAGCCCGACGAGAAGAACAGUUUGAGAGGGGCGACUUUAGAGGCAGCCAUCAAGGAAGACCGUGAAGCCGGCCUUAUUCCAUUUUACGUUGUGGCCACCCUCGGCACCACCUCCUCGUGCACCUUCGACAACCUCCAAGAAAUCGGCCCCGUCUGCAACGACAACUCCGUCUGGCUCCACGUGGACGCCGCCUACGCCGGCUCCGCCUUCAUCUGCCCCGAGUUCCGCUACCUCAUGACCGGCAUCGAGCGCGCCGACUCCUUCAACUUCAACCCCCACAAGUGGCUCCUGGUCAACUUCGACUGCUCCACCAUGUGGCUCAAGGAGCCCAACUGGCUCGUGGACGCCUUCAACGUGGACCCCCUCUACCUGAAGCACGAGCAGCAAGGCGCCGCCCCCGACUACCGCCACUGGCAGAUCCCCCUCGGACGCCGAUUCCGCGCUCUGAAGCUGUGGUUCGUGCUCAGACUCUACGGAAUCGAGAACCUGCAAACCCACAUCCGGAAACACGUGGAGCUGGCCCACUACUUCGAGUCGCUGGUGGUGUCCGACGAGAGGUUCGAAAUCACCGAAGAGGUCGUCUUGGGGCUGGUUUGCUUCAGGUUGAAGGCGUCCAACGAGGUGAACGAGGCGCUGUUGAAGAGGUUGAACGGCAGAGGGGUGAUCCACCUGGUGCCGUCGAAGAUCAGGGAUGUUUAUUUUUUGAGGUUGGCGAUCUGCUCGAGGUAUACGGAGAAGGAGGAUAUUGAUGUGUCGUGGAAGGAGGUGAAGGAGGCGGCUGAUGAGGUUUUGAAGAAGUGAAGGGCUGGAAAUUAGGGCGUUAGGGCGUAGUGUGUGUAUAAAGUAUUUAUUUUAGUUGUUAUUUAAGGUAUUUGUUGUUGACAUGAAAGACCAAAAAGACAUGGACCAAGAUUUACCAAAAAUAAAGAUUAAGCAGCAGA